GGGUGGGAGGUGGGAGGGGCCCCCAGAGAGGAGGUGGCUGUUUAAAGGGUGGCUUGGCCUCCUCCGGGUCCAGAAUUCACUGGUGCGGCUUCGCAUGGUGGAGCCUCUGGAGAGGGGCAGGAGGAGGAAGGGGAGCCGCUGCCGGAACUGAAGAAGAAGAAGAUAUUUACUCUUGGGAGACCCAUGGAAAAAAUCCGUUUAAAUGCUUUUUAAGAGAUCUCGGAUCCCCAGCAGCAACUGUGCCUCGGGGUGUUGCAAAAGCGCAGAGUUCACCGGAGAGCCCCCCUGGCAUUUCACCUAGCCACCCACCAAGGAGGAAGGCUUCGGGACUUGUGUGUUGCAUACUUAAAAACCAUCCUCCCCCCUCCUGACGGAGGGUUUCGAAGCAAGGUCCUCCUUUGACAGCAACAAUGACCAGGUGCUUGGACGAGUCCGACAUCGUCAUGGUGGAGGAAGGCUUCACCACCAAGGAUGUCUUGGAGAAUCUCCUCCUCGAGAUGGACCAGACGGGCAACCGGGAGCCCUUUUUCGUGGCGGAUCUUGAGGAGGUGGUGAAGAAACACUUGCGCCUCCUGAAGGCCUUGCCGCGGAUCAAGCCCUUCUAUGCCCUGAAGUGCAACCGGAGCAAGGGAGUGGUGCAGACGCUGGCAGGUCUGGGGGCUGGGUUCAGCUGUGCCAAUAAGACAGAGAUGGCCCUGGUGAAGAGUAUUGGGAUUCCAGCGGAGCGGAUCAUCUGUGCCAGCCCCUGCAAGCAGCUCUCCCUGAUCAAGUACGCAGCCAGCCAAGGGGUGCAGCUGAUGACCUUCGACAAUGAGGUGGAGCUGGGGAAGGUGGCACGCAGCCACCCCUCCGCUAGAAUGCUCCUCUGCCUAGCAACAGAUGACUCCCGCUCUUCCACCCAUCUGAGCAUUAAAUUUGGAGCUACCCUUAAAACCUGCCGGCAUCUCCUCGAAACUGCAAAGGAGAUGAAGGUGGAGGUUGUGGGCAUCAGUUUCCACCUCGGCAGCAGCUGCCCUGACCCCCAGGUCUUCACUCAGUCCAUAGCAGACGCUCGCCUGGUCUUUGAAAUGGGGGCAGAAGUGGGCUACAAGAUGCAUCUGCUGGACAUCGGAGGGGGCUUCCCCACUUUCGAAGAGUCCAGGGGCCGCUUUGAAGAGACAGUGGCUGUGGUCAACUCUGCCUUGGAUCUGUAUUUCCCUGAAGGCUGUGGGGUGGAGAUCAUUGCCGAACUGGGGCGCUAUUAUGUGGAUUCGGCCUUCACUUUAGCAGUCAACAUUAUUGCCAAGAAGGAAGUAUCCCUGGACCAAGUGGGCUCUGAAGAUGAAGACCCCGGUGGCAAGAAGAGCUUUGUCUACCAUCUCAACGAUGGCGUUUACGGCUCCUUUGGCUCAGUCAUCUUCAACAACGCUUGCCCUGUACCCAUCCUGCAUCAGAAGCCCUCCCCGGAUCAGCACUUGCACAGCAGCAGCUUCUGGGGUCCAACCGGCGAGGCCCUGGACCGCCUUGUGGAGGGGGUGGAUCUUCCUGAACUCCAGGUGGGCGACUGGCUGGUCUUUGAAAACAUGGGGGCUUAUACCAUGCCCCCCUCCGCCUCCCUCAACAGCGGCCCACCGACACGGAUCCACUACGCCAUGUCCAGGGUGACCUGGGAAGCGGUGCAGCUGCUGUGGGGGAAGCUCCUCCACGCUGAAGAGGAAGAGGAAGAGGGCCGGGAGAGCACCUGCACCCCACUGUCUUGUGGCUGGGAGAUCACCGACUCCUUGUGCGCGGCCCCUGUCUUCACCCCAGCCAGCAUCAUGUGAGCGGAGGAGGCCCAUCGUCCACCGCAGGCACCCUCCUCCCGUACUCUAGCCUCCCCUUCACAUCCACCUCCUCUUACACCCUGGAAUUGGGUCUCUUGCUGCCCUUUUCCUCUCCUCCAUUCCUCUCCCAAAGAAGCAGUGCGGUUUUUAAGUAUGCAACAUAAAAUCCUGUUCCUCCUC